GUCCCUGGCGUCCCCUCCGGCGCGCUCUUGGAGCCACUUCCCGGAGCGGAAGUCUGCCUGUUCGGGCUCCGGUGGGACCUGCUCGGAGGAAUGGCGCCGCCGGGUUCAAGUGCUGUCUUCCUGUUGGCUCUGACAAUCACAGCCAGCACCCAGGCUCUGACCCCCACCCACUACCUCACCAAGCAUGAUGUGGAAAGACUGAAAGCCUCACUGGAUCGCCCUUUCACGAGCUUGGAGUCUGCCUUCUACUCCAUUGUGGGACUCAACAGCCUUGGGGCACAGGUGCCAGAUGUCAAGAAAGCGUGUGCCUUCAUCAAGUCAAACCUUGAUCCCAGCAACGUGGAUUCUCUCUUCUAUGCUGCCCAAUCCAGCCAAGUCCUCUCAGGUUGUGAGAUAUCUGUUUCGAAUGAGACCAGAGAUCUGCUUCUGGCAGCAGUCAGCGAGGACUCCUCCGUUGCCCAAAUCUACCAUGCAGUUGCUGCCCUCAGUGGCUUUGGGCUUCCCUUGGCAUCCCGUGAAGCCCUUGGUGCCCUUACCGCUCGCCUCAGCAAGGAGGAGACUGUGCUGGCAACCGUCCAGGCUCUGCAGACAGCAUCCCACCUAUCCCAGCAGGCUGACCUGAGGAACAUUGUAGAAGAGAUUGAGGACCUUGUUGCUCGCCUGGACGAACUAGGGGGUGUGUAUCUCCAGUUUGAGGAAGGCCUGGAACUUACAGCAUUGUUUGUUGCUGCCACCUACAAGCUCAUGGACCAUGUGGGGACUGAACCGUCCAUCAAGGAGGAUCAGGUCAUCCAGCUCAUGAACACAAUCUUCAGCAAGAAGAACUUUGAGUCCCUCUCAGAAGCCUUCAGUGUGGCCUCUGCUGCUGCUGCAUUGUCCCAGAAUCGCUAUCACGUACCAGUGGUGGUUGUUCCUGAGGGCUCUGCUUCUGACACUCAAGAACAGGCUAUCCUGCGGUUGCAAGUCAGCAAUGUUUUGUCUCAGCCUCUGGCUCAAGCUGCAGUUAAGCUGGAACAUGCUAAGUCCGUGGCUUCCAGAGCUACUGUCCUGCAGAAGAUGCCCUUUUCACUUGUAGGGGAUGUUUUUGAGCUAAACUUCAAGAAUGUUAAACUUCCCAGUGGCUACUAUGACUUCUCUGUCAGAGUUGAAGGUGACAACCGUUACAUUGCAAACACUGUAGAGCUUAGAGUCAAGAUCUCCACUGAAGUUGGCAUCACAAAUGUUGAUCUUUCCACUGUGGAUAAGGAUCAGAGCAUCGCACCCAAAACUACCCGGGUGACCUACCCAGCCAAAGCCAAGGGCACAUUCAUCGCAGACAGCCAUCAGAACUUCGCCCUGUUUUUCCAGCUGGUAGAUGUGAACACCGGUGCGGAGCUCACCCCUCACCAGACAUUUGUUCGACUUCAUAACCAGAAGACUGGCCAGGAAGUGGUGUUUGUUGCUGAGCCGGAUAACAAGAAUGUGUAUAAGUUUGAACUGGACACCUCUGAAAGGAAGAUUGAGUUCGACUCUGCCUCUGGCACUUACACACUCUACCUAAUCAUCGGGGACGCCACUUUGAAGAACCCCAUCCUCUGGAAUGUGGCUGAUGUGGUUAUCAAGUUCCCUGAAGAAGAAGCUCCCUCCACUGUGCUGUCCCAGAACCUUUUUACCCCAAAACAGGAAAUUCAGCACCUGUUCCGAGAGCCUGAGAAGAGGCCCCCCACUGUGGUGUCCAAUACAUUCACGGCCCUCAUCCUCUCGCCCUUGCUCCUGCUCUUUGCACUGUGGAUCCGGAUUGGAGCCAAUGUCUCCAACUUCACCUUUGCUCCUAGCACAGUUAUCUUUCACCUGGGACAUGCUGCAAUGCUGGGGCUCAUGUAUGUCUACUGGACUCAGCUCAACAUGUUCCAGACCCUGAAGUACCUGGCCGUCCUGGGCACUGUGACAUUUCUGGCUGGCAACCGAAUGCUGGCCCAGCAGGCAGUUAAGAGGAUCGCUGCAGAGCAGAGCAGUAGAUUGGCAAAAUAUAGGACACUACGAACAGCACAUUAGUUCCAAAAGAAGUUUGAAGACCCUGAAGGCGGAAAUGGACGUUUAACAAAGAGUGGAGACAGUUCAGAGUGUGGAAGGAAGAAUUGGGGGACAGAAUAGGAAAAGAGGAAAUACCUGUUAUUUAAAGAGAGAAAAGUCGAGCUGUGCUUACACGUUUGUUUCUCACUUUUUGCUUCACUGAACAGAUAUGUUUGGACCCAGAUUGUCUGUCCCUUUGUUGUGAUGCCUGGCCAGAUGCUGUGAAUAUCCCAGGUUACCCAGAGGUUGUAUUUGAAAAGUUGAAAUCUGUAAUUCAUCAGCUUUGGAAUAAAGAGAAUGGUGGACUCCCA